AUGUCUGAACUCAAAUACGCAACAACUGCACAACGUAUGCAACAACUAAAAGUGGCUAAACUGUUCCAGCACAACUCCAAGCCACUGACAGCUCUUGAUUUCGACGAUUCUGGCGUGUAUUGUGUAACAGCCUCUGCGGACGAAUGUAUUAACAUUUAUGACUGUAAGGCGGGAAAUCACAAGAAGUUAUUAUACAGUAAGAAAUAUGGGGUCCACUUGACACGAUUUACUCAUAGCAACAAAGCUAUCCUAUACGCGUCGACAAAGGAGAAUGACAUUAUAAGAUAUCUCUCAGUACACGACAAUAAGUUUAUUUCGUAUUUCAUUGGACACAAGUCACAGGUGGUUACCCUUGAAAUGUCACCAGUAGAUGACACAUUCCUGUCGGGAAGUGUUGACGAUUCUAUUCGAUUGUAUGAUGUCAGAUCGCAUCACUGUCAGGGCUGUUUGGGGGUAAAAGGUCGCCCUUCCGUUGGGUAUGAUAAUAAAGGACUGGUGUUCGCGCUUGGUAUAGCUGACAAAGUACGCUUGUACGAUUUACGAAACUUUGACAAGGGUCCCUUUUCAACGUUUGCAAUAAUAGACCCGUUUUUCUCAGCCAUAGCCUACCAAAGAAAUAUCGCGCCACCAACAUGGACAUCUCUAAAGUUCUCAAACGAUGGAAAGAAUAUUCUCAUCACUACUGGAGGAGACCAGCAUUAUGUGAUUGACGCUUUUAGCGGUGAGCUGCGAAGGCGAUUGGUUGGACAUGUUGGCUUGGGAGCCGUUGCAGAAGGGUUAGGCGGAGACGAUGCUGGGUUUACGCCAGAUGGCCGAUUUGUAAUUGGAGGUUCCCAGGACGGUGUAAUAAGCAUAUGGGACAUACAGACGCCUACACCUGCAUUUGCUUCGAUCGACAUACGUCCACUGAAGCAAUUAGAAUCUCAUACCAAGCCAUCUCAAGUGGUGAAAUUUAAUCCUAGGUAUCUGAUGAUGGUCAGCGGAUGCACUGACUUGGCAUUCUGGGAACCGGCAUUAGAUAAUCCUGUAUUAUAA